UCGCGAUAUUUGCGUUGUUUGUAUCCAUGUUGCCUCCAUUGUGAAAGACUUAGCACAAGAUUGUGAUAUUUUAUUAGUGCAGAUUUCAGUUUGAAUGCCUUGUUAAAACUGCAGAGAGGCAAAUGUCAUACUGUUAAUGGCUUAUUAUUUCGUCGUAUCUGUGCAAAUAAGUUAUGUUGUUUGAACUUAUGUUAGUAAGGCGUGUACUGGAUUCCGUUUGCAAAGACACUUAGCAGCCAGCCAAAGCUAGCAAGACCCACUUUUGGAUUUUAACAACUUGAUUGUUUUGAAUUGGGAUUAGUCGGCUGUUUAUUUGUAUUUUAUCUGAUACAGUAGUAUUUUUUUCUUUUUUUCAAAUCUUUUUGAAAAUACUAAAAGCAUCUGAUAAUGCUGGCGACUGGAGCGGCUGUAACUAACGUGACAGCCCUGGCCCAGGUGGACCGGGAAAAGAUUUACCAGUGGAUCAAUGAGUUAUCCAGCCCAGAGACCAGGGAGAAUGCUUUGCUGGAGCUUAGCAAGAAACGGGAGUCGGUGCCAGACCUGGCCCCGAUGCUCUGGCAUUCCUGUGGCACUAUUGCUGCCCUGUUGCAGGAAAUAGUGAACAUCUAUCCCUCCAUUAACCCCCCUACGCUCACGGCGCACCAGUCUAAUAGAGUUUGUAAUGCCCUGGCGCUGCUGCAGUGUGUGGCCUCUCAUCCAGAGACACGGUCAGCUUUUCUAGCAGCACACAUUCCUCUUUUCCUUUACCCUUUUCUGCACACUGUGAGUAAAACGCGGCCGUUUGAGUACCUGCGACUCACCAGCCUUGGAGUAAUAGGUGCCUUGGUCAAAACCGAUGAACAGGAGGUGAUUAAUUUCCUUCUCACAACUGAAAUCAUCCCGCUCUGUCUCCGCAUCAUGGAAUCGGGGAGCGAACUCUCCAAGACGGUUGCAACCUUCAUUCUGCAGAAGAUACUGUUGGAUGACACUGGCUUGGCUUAUAUAUGCCAAACCUAUGAACGUUUCUCUCACGUGGCCAUGAUUCUUGGCAAGAUGGUGCUGCAGCUCUCCAAAGAACCCUCGGCCCGCCUGCUGAAACAUGUGGUCCGCUGCUAUCUCCGCCUCUCAGACAACCUAAGAGCCAGAGAGGCCCUGCGGCAGUGUUUACCCGACCAGCUGAAGGACAGCACCUUCGCCCAGGUCCUGAAGGACGACACCACCACCAAGCGCUGGCUGGCACAGCUGGUCAAAAACCUGCAGGAGGGCCAGGUGACCGACGCCCGGGGCAUCCCACUGGCCCCGCAGUGACCAGUCCACGGGAGCUCGGAUCUGACCGACCGCUUAGCAUUCGUACUUGGCCCUAACCUCGUGCUUUACAGCACAGUACAGGACAAGGUGGAGGAGGAUAUUUUUUUGACUUUGGAGUGAAUCGAUAUCUGUUUGAGACACAGCUGUACGUUUUCAGAAUUCCUCAGAGGCGGCAGAUGCUCUGACAGGACACCGUGGAUAUUUGACAGUUACUUAAUUCAUGAAUUAGACAUUGGCUUGUGUUUUUCUCUGGAAAGAAACAUUUCUUGUAUAAGGAUAUGUUUAGGAGGGAUAUUUCUUAUUUAAUAAACUUUAACGAUUACAUAAAAUACAAUAUUUUUUCAAGAAUAUAUUUUAAAAAAGAAUUGCAAUUGCAUGCAAACAGACGAAUGGUCAGUACUGAAUCCUAAAUAAACAUUUCGCUGCAGUGGACAUGAGGCAGUUUCUCUCUGAAUGUCAACAUACUGGUCAGCAGACAUCGCAAAAAACUGUUAAAAUAAUGGCGUUCCUCCAUUUUUUGUUCAAUUCCACAUGUUUCUGGAACAUUUCCAUUGUACAACCUGUUCAUUUGUGCUUUAAAAAGAUGCUUGGAUUUUUUAAAAAAAUUACCUUUUGUAUCGGUUUGUCUUUCUUUAGAGUUUCGACAUUGUCUUGAGAGGUCUAAAAAAGUAUUUAUUUUUACUAUUGUGUGUUCAAGAAACCCAGUCUUGAGACAUUCUCCUUUAUUUUAAAGGGAACCAUUUUCAUUUAGAACGCAGUGUUAAUUUACUUCGGGGAGAAAAAAAAAGCUCAAACUUGACAAUUGAGACCCUAAAACAGUAAGAUAUAGAUUAGAUAAGAACAGUAAAGUUCGACUACGGGUAUCCAACUAAACCCUAAGUUGCCUGUAUCUAUCUGUACUAAGCUAUUUUAGAUGAAAAUGUCUGCGGCUUACAUACAUUUAAAUGAAU